AUGAAACCGAGUCCGGCCGGGACGGCGAGGGAGUUGGAGCCGCCGGCGCCGGUCCGGGGCGAGCAGCGCACGGCGGAGCCCGAGGGGCGCUGGCGGGAGAAGGGCGAGGCGGACACGGAGCGGCAGCGCACCCGCGAGCGGCAGGAGGCCACGCUGGCCGGGCUGGCGGAGCUGGAGUACCUGCGCCAGCGCCAGGAGCUGCUGGUCCGGGGCGCCCUGCGCAGCUCUGGGGGCGCGGGGGCAGCUGCAGCCCGCGCCGGGGAGCUGCCGGGGGAGGCGGCGCAGCGCAGCCGCCUGGAGGAGAAGUUCUUGGAGGAGAACAUCUUGCUGCUGCGGAAGCAAUUGAAUUGUUUGAGGAGAAGAGAUGCUGGUUUGUUGAACCAGUUGCAGGAACUCGACAAGCAGAUAAGUGACCUGAGACUGGAUGUGGAAAAGACAUCUGAGGAGCACCUGGAGACAGACAGCCGCCCCAGCUCAGGGUUUUAUGAACUGAGUGAUGGGGCUUCGGGAUCCCUUUCCAAUUCCUCGAACUCCGUCUUUAGUGAGUGUUUAUCCAGUUGUCAUUCCAGCACCUGUUUUUGCAGCCCCUUGGAGGCAACCUUGACUAUCUCAGAUGGUUGCCCCAAAUCUGCAGAUGUGAAUCCCAAGUACCAGUGUGAUCUGGUGUCUAAAAACGGGAAUGAUGUGUAUCGCUACCCCAGCCCGCUUCAUGCUGUGGCCGUGCAGAGCCCAAUGUUUCUCCUAUGCCUGACCGGCAGUCCCCUGAGGGAAGACGAGAGGCUCGGUAGUCAUGCCAACGACAUCUGUGUCGGAUCUGAGCUGGAUGCCGUCAAGACGGACACUUCCUUACCCUCUCCAAGCGGUUUGUGGUCUGCUCCCCAUCCUUCAUCGAGUAAGAAAAUGGAUGGUUACAUUCUGAGCCUGGUCCAGAAAAAAACGCACCCUGUAAGGACCAACAAGCCGAGAACCAGUGUGAACGCUGACCCCACCAAGGGGCUUCUGAGGAAUGGGAGCGUUUGUGUCAGAGUGACUGCGGCCGUCUCACAGGGCAACGGUGGGAACCUUAAGAAUUCGAAACAGGUGCCUUUGCCCUCUGGCGGGAUCCCCUCUUUGGACAAUGGGACGUUGUCCCCACUGAAACAGUGGUCAAAAGAAUCAAAGCCAGAACCACUGGAAAGCAAGAGGUUGCCCGCGCCUGAGGGCAUCUCCCCAGGCGCUGCCACUGAACUUCCAGGUAAGCAUCUGCCCAAAAAUGCCAAGCCAGCCUCCCAGGAACUUGCUAGGUGUCCCCCUGCUGGGGCAGGGGAGUCUCCUAAGGAAAGUGGGCAGAUCCCAGCUGCCUCCCCAAAAGAGAGCCCUGGGAGGGUCCCCGCCUCGAUGCAAGAGAACAAGGUGGUCCAGCCACUGAAAAAGGUGCCACAGAAAAACUGCCCGCCGGCUCUCCCUACGGCGGCGCCCCCUCCCGCCGCUUCGGCUCUGCUGUCUCCCGCUUUCCCGGUGGAAGAGCGGCCUGCCCUGGAUUUCAGAAGCGAGGGCUCUUCUUCUCAGAGCCUGGAGGAAGGGCCUCUGGGGAAGGCGCCGCCGGUCCUGGCGCAGCCGCCCGGCGUCAGGCCGCCCCGGGGUACGCGGCCCGCGGCCGCCCCGAGGGGCUCCGCCCUGAAGCCCCGGGCCCCGGCUGUCCACGGGCCGGAGAGCGCGCUGCCCGCCGUGAGGGAGAAAGGCCGGGCGGCCGGCAAGAAGUGUCGGUUCCCCGAUGACGCGGAUACAAAUAAGAAACUCCGGAGAGCCCCGGCCAAGGGGCGGCGGGGCGGGGGCGGCCAGCCCGACGCGGGACCGCUCAGCCGGCCGCUGGGGGCGGGCCACAGGGCGGGGAGCCGGGGGCACGGCCACGGCCGGGAGGCGGUGGUGGCCAAGCCCAAGCACAAGCGCACCGACUCGCGGAGGUGGAGGUCGGCCGCCGAGGUGUCCUACGAGGAGGCGCUGCGGCGCGCGCGGCGGGGCCGCCGGGAGCCCGCGGGGCUGUUCGCGGCCGGGCCGCUGCCCUACGCCAGCCCCUACGCCUACGCGGCCAGCGACUCCGAGUACUCGGCCGAGUGCGAGUCCCUGUUCCACUCCACCGUGCUGGACACCAGCGAGGACGAGCGCAGCAACUACACCACGAACUGCUUCGGCGACAGCGAGUCCAGCGUGAGCGAGGGCGAGUUCGUGGGCGACAGCACCAGCACCAGCGACUCCGAGGAGAGCGGAGGCUUGAUUUGGUCCCAGUUUGUCCAGACUCUCCCUCUGCAGACGGUCCCGGCCCCGGACCUUCGCCACAACCCCACCAAAACCUUCGUCAAAAUUAAGGCUUCACACAACCUCAAGAAGAAAAUCCUGCGCUUUCGGUCUGGCUCUUUGAAACUGAUGACGACCGUUUGAGUAACGUCCUUGGUGUAGAAAGUGGGGUUUUUCUAGUUCCCGAAGAAACGGCGGCGUCUUACUAUUUUGUGCGUAAUAAUCCCGUGGAAUGCUUUCCUUUGCUUUAGAUAAAACCGAGGUGAAUUAUGUCUCAUCUUCGUCAAGUAUGGACACUAGUGCCUUUAGUGGAAGGUAAAGAAUGUCUUUGCUGGUUAGAAGUGAAUAUUGAGUUUCUAAUGGUGGUGAUAGUGACUUUUGCGGUUUCAGAUGGUUUUUAUUUGACAUUUUGUGAGCGUCUGUGAAGGCACAGGUUUUGAUGUUCAAGUGUUAAUGGGAUGAGACCUUUUGAUCUGGAGGUCAGGUGGAUGGAAUUUUAGGACAUACAUUUGCUUCUUUGGUUCUUUAGGGCAGCGUCUCCAUGAGGGUUUUCCUGUUGGGGGUAUCACAUACAAUUGUGUGAGGUAGAUACAAGGGGCAGUCAUGGUUUUCUGUAGUUUUUUAUAUACUCUUCUUUUCUCAGAUGUAUCCCCGUUCUGUAUUCUCCUCAGAACUGUUUGGUUUACUGGACUCAGAACUUGAAGACCAGACCCUACAUCCAGAGAGGUGACCUGGAUAGGGAGGCUGGUAAUACCUUAAAAGGAUUCACUAAAACCUUUGCCACACUUGGUGCCUAGGCCCUGGUUACAGUAACCUCUUCUAGGGCCAUUUACCCAACAUUGAUGCCUUUCUCCUCCUCCCUAAUUUGCAGCAGAUCCAACCACUCCUCCCUUGGAGACUUGCCUUUGUGAUAACAUUUUGGUCAUCGGGGACAGAGAAAUUCACUCCUAGUGAAAUAACCCUUGGGUACGGCUCCAAGCUCAGAACUGCUCACGGAGCACUGUGCCACCUAAGCAUUAGCCCAAACGUAUUAGUGCAAUCCAGUCCAGAUUGGACCACUGACCCUGUUUGGAAGGGCUUUUAAAAAAAAAAAAAAUUUUUUUUUGGUAAGCAGUAUUGUGUAAAAUUCCUUUUUUUAGACCCGUAUAUGCAUGUUUUGUGCAUGAGUAGUAUUUGUUUUGAUAUUCCUGUUGAUGUUAAAUGACUGUAUGAUAUAAACAGUAUGUGUUUUUAUAUAUCUUUGUGUAAAUUUAAUAUAACACAUUAUAUGCUGUAAUAAACGAUUUGUUUUACUGCUGUUAAGUUUGUUAUUUGGGUAUAAAACCAGAUGUUUACACCUAUAAGUCUUGUGCUGAUUAUUGUGGGAUUUAUAUUCUAGCAUUAGAAUAUUAUUUGCAAUAAUAAUUAAGGCAGAUUUCAGGAGUAUUGGAAUGGAUGGUGAAUAAACAAAUGAGGAAAAGCAAGCUACUUCUUUAGAAUGGUUAAGGUGCUUCUUUAAAAUUUAAGGUACAUUUGAUAGAUCUCUUCUAAGGAAAAUAUUUCUGAGAAGACUUCCCUCUCUCCCUCAACUUCUAAGUAUGAAAAAUUUUCAACAUGGAAAAGUCGAAAGGAUAGUACAAUAAACACCUAUACAGCCACCACCUAGAUUCAACAGUUGUUAACAUUUUGCCGUGCUUGCUUUAACACUCUUUAUGUAUUGAUAUAUAUUAGAUUAAACCAUAUUGCUGGUUUUGUGGGUCAAAGACAGAUUUUGGCAAUCCUCCCUCUCCCCACCACGCUACUACAUUAUUUUAAAGUAAAUUUCAGGCAUCAUGAUAUUUCAUCUCUAAAAAUUUAAGUACGUAUUUCCGAAGAAGAAGGAGAUUCUCCUAUAUAAUCACAACACCAUGAUCACACCUAAGGAAAAUUGACAAUAUUAUCAUCAAAAAUUUAAUCUCUAUUCAAAUUUCCCAAUUUGUUUCAAGAACGUUUUAGUAGCAGCUUCCCUGCUCCUCCCAACCAGGAUUCAGUCAAUGUUAUACGUUGCAUUUGGUUAUAGAUCCCUAGUCUUUUAAGUCUGGAAUAGCCUCUCCAUAUUUUUUUCAAAUGCCAUUGGGUUUUUAAAGUCGGAGCAGUUGUCUUGUAGAAGGGCCCACAUUCUGAAUUUGGUUGUUUCUUUAUGUUGUCUUCUAACAUCUUCUAGUCCCUCUAUUUCCUGUAAACUGUGAAGGCUUGAUUGGAUUCAGGUUAAACAUUCUUGGCAAGAAGAUUUCACUAGUGAUCUUGCGUGUUUUAUUGCUUCACAUCAAGAAACAGAAUAUCAGGUUGCCCUACUAUUACUGAAUUUAAGAGUGAUCCCUUUAAGAGUCAAGUCGGUGAGCAGAAUUUUCUCCACUGUAAAGGUUUUGUUUUUCCUCUUUGCAAAUGGUUAGUGUUUGUGGGUGACUCUUUGGUAGUGUGUGUGGAUAUCCUGUUCUUCAUAACCUUCCACUUACUGGCUUUAGUUUGCUGAUCUUUGCCUGAAUCAGUUAUUGCCUUGGGGAUGCAAAAUGGUUUUCUAAGUAUCUUUUCUUCUUUUACUAGCUGACAUUCUACAAAAAAGAGCUUUCCUUGUUAUUUUUUUCCCACUUUCUCUUUUUAAAAUAUCAUGAUGGGGCUUCCCUGGUGGCGCAGUGGUUGAGAGUCCGCCUGCCGAUGCAGGGGAUGCGGGUUCGUGCCCCGGUCUGGGAAGGUCCCACAUGCCGCGGAGCGGCUGGGCCCGUGAGCCAUGGCCGCUGAGCCUGCGCGUCCGGAGCCUGUGCUCCGCAACGGGAGAGGCCACAACAGUGGGAGGCCCGCGGUCCGCAAAAAAAAAAAAUUAAGAAAAAUAUGAUGGAUUCGUGGAUUUUUAUUCAUUUGAUUCUUUACAGUCACUUACGGUUAUUGUUCUUGUUGAUGCUCAACAUGCCCCAAAUUUGGUCAGUGGGAGGAUACAUUUCAUUAAAAGGAGACUCUGGAAUCAGCUCAGUCUCAUAAUUCAUGUAUUUAUUAUGAGAUGUACUCCAUUAAAAUGAUUCUUUCACAUGCUAAACUGCAAUGCAACAAAAAUCCCUUAACUAUCCAUUUUUUUAUUCUGUCUUGGAAAUGGUCUCUUUUCCUAUAUUUUAUAUCCCUCUUAUCUCUAAGAAGGCUUUUAACUUUGAAACUAUAGCAAAUUAUUUCUUCUAUAAAACUGUAUCUUAUCUUUAUCUUAUAAAGAUAAGACUUUUUUUUCAACAAGACAUCUUUUUUUUUAACAAGACAUCUUGGGCAAUUUUUGAAAAUGUUGAGUUGCUAGUCUUUUCGUAUUCAUAUGUUUUUAUAUGCAGUCAUUCUUCUUUGACUAGAAUUUAUUCGGUUACCUGAUUAAAUCUAAGCCAAGCACAAACAAGGGGAUGAUCUCUCCAUGUUUUCUAAUGGUGUGAUCCAAUCUCUUUGGGGGCAAGUUAUAAAGUUUAUUGUGUAAGGCAACUGGGACCUGCAGUCAGUUCUUGAAUCAUGUCCAAGUUGUUCUCAAUAAGCAUUAUUCUCAGAAGGGGACGCUUCCUGAAAACCAGCUUCUGAAUAAUUACAUGAUAGGUGACAGAAUGCCAAAGGAAGAGAAGCAUGAAAAACAGGAUUUUUCAAAGAACUUUGGGUUUGUCCACCUCUGUCUAUUGCUUGACUUCCCUGUAGCUAGCAGUUGUACUGCACUUGGAAAAUUGGCUUUUGUGCAUUAUUUUCAAUGACAAAAUACCUGCUAUUGUUGUUUCAAAUAAAAUGGCUCUUUAAAAUAUUUUCCUUUAUUUAAAUAAAUUACAAAUACUCAUUGUCAGAAAAGAAAAAGAUAUCAGA